GUCACAGAAUGAUCAAGUAUUGUAUUUUCAUAGCAAAAUAUUUUUCCGCAAAAUGAAGUUUCUCAUUCAAGCUCUUUUUUUGGUCGUCAUUUUUACAUGUGACAUUCAGUCGGCGAAGGUGUUUGAAAGUUUAUGUACCGACCAUUCCCAAGUCUCAUUUGCCUAUGAACGAGUUAAAACUAUUUUGAAUCACUUGUCGAAAGAUAAUCAGGUAGUUAAAGAUGUGCUGGCUUCGGUUGAAGCUGAAUGGGGGCCAGUCGUAGAUAAUAUUGCCGCAUUUUCUGAGAGAUGUCAUACUUGUGCCCAGCUUUACGACAAAGAUGUGCAGAAGUAUCAGAAAAAGGCUUCAGCUGACAAAAAAAUCGCACCGAUAUUCAAAAAAGCCGUGAACGAAUAUUUAAGCGACUUUAGAGACAUGACAACUCAAUUGGAUGUAUAUACAACACCGAUGAUAAAUAAUUUCCUAGCACCAAUCAUAAAUGAAGACGAUGCAAGUGAAAUAUUCAAAUAUUUACAAGAUAAGUUAAGCGAUUUGAUGGAGAUUUUUCAACAUGUGCACAAUCAAUCGGAUGUGUUAAUUGAGCAUACACGCUGCGAACAUUCCAGCAAAUUUGAUUCGGAUCUUCAAUAUGUCCUUAAAAAUAAAAAACUUAGACCCAAAACACCGUGUACCCACUGAGCAAAUUUGCCAAAAUCAUAAAAAUCUACAUCAUACAUAUGGGUUUUUACGUUUUCAAAAGGGGCACGACUAUCCUCAGCUGAAUACAAUGUUGUAACGAUUUUUGAUUAAAUAAAAUAAAUGCUGUACAAAAAUAAAA